AUGCAGGCGGCAGAGAUGGCCAAGAAAGCAGCGCAGCUCGACAGCGGAGAGUUUGAUGUGGUCUUCAGCGCGGCCCACAUGCUCAGAGGCUGUAGAGUGGUGCGGACCCCGGGCUCCUGGCCUGGGCUCCUCUUCUCUCCCCACUCCUCCAUGGCUCAUGAUCUUUAUGUGUUUGCUUUGGACCCUGCAGUGGAAAGGCUCUCGGUCUGA